GCAGUGCGUGGGCCCCAACGGUCGAUUUUCGAAUCGAAGGUGUCCACCUUCGUCGUGUUCUCUAAUGCUUGUCGGCAUAUGAAGGUCCUGGCGUCGUAUCUGUCGACAUGCCGGAGGAUAUUUCUGCAGUAGUCGCGUGGAAGGGUGCAUCCGAAGGUGAAAUUGAUGGCAGACGUGCAGUGGAGAUUUCCUCUGCUGGUACACUCUAUCGUCGUUUUCCUGUUUGUCAUCUUCCUCCACCUGUGUUUGUCAUGCCGGCCGUGGAAGCAACCCCGCAAGCGGAGGGCGUCAACGAAACGGCCGCCCAUAGAACGUCCGAUGGCAAGCAUGCAGGCGCGCACAGAACAGGCGGCAAGUCAGGGCGGAAGAGGACCUGCGACGGCGUCACGGCGGUGCCUCGACACCGGUACGACCCGUUGUUGUACAACCAUCUACAGUCGUGGAAGACGCCACUGCCCCCGUCGGACGAGGACCGGGAGACGGAGAAACUUGCAACGUUGCCUCUAGGUAGCAGAUCGACCCAGAUGUUGUCGCAGACGGUGCAAGCUCGCGGAUCGGCUAGCAACAAAGGCGGCCAGUUCACCUCCCUCCUGCAGCAAGGCUUGGGGGACGACGACGGCGGACAAGUCGAUCUAAGGUUCGGGUUGUCUUCUGACAGUGCGAGGGAGGCGACCUGUACGUUCAUCAUCGACACCGAUCCUUUGCCAUGUGGCCUUGAACGUCCUGGAAGUCAGCGUACCGAGCAGUCGACACUUCGUGCCGGUGCAUUCGUGAGUGCAGGUGUCGGGGCGUCGCCAUCAGGCCGGCAGCAUGGAUUGACUGCGUCGUCCAACGAACAUAUUACAAACAGCUGCCCCGCACGCAUUGGAGUUGCAGCAGGGUCCCUGCACAUCGGCGACGGACGCUCACCGAUGUCCAACCCCACAAGGCCAACCCAGCCCGACUUGAGAGACGACCCCGCUUGUAGACCACCGGUGCGUCCACGACCUACUGUGGAGAACACCACACGAGGAGUGUCCAACAUGCGGGCACAGAGCGAUGGCGGCGACGACGAUGCUGACGAAGGAUUUAGGGAGGACGUGGAGGCAGGGGACGACGACGAUGACAUUCAUAUUCGGCCUUUGGGGAAGACGGUUGGGAGGGGGAAAGGACGCAACAGAGGUGUUGUUCGGGGUCGAUCCGUUGGUCGUGGCCGCAGAGGAGGCGUAAACGACGGCGGUGGGAAGUCUGCGACGCAUUGGUCUACGGAUGACCAGCUGCUCCUCGGUAGAUGCAAGCUGGAGCAAGACAUGCACCUCGUCGGGUUGGGUCACAAUUACGGGCGGAUGUGAACGAAGGAGUGGAAGUGGGACGACAUUGCGAAGCGGAUGGUGAAGUUAGGGAGGGCUAACGAUGCCGA